CACACCAAUCUGCACAUGUACCCCAGAUUAUGGCACACCAAUCUGCACAUGUACCCCAAAUAAUGGCACACCAAUCUGCACAUGUACCCCAGAUGUAUAACCAACCUGUGUAUCAUUACACACAGCAAUAUGUAGCACAAUCAAUGCCACAAUCAAACCAACAACAAGCACAAUCACAACCAGUUGUUUUUCUUGUGCCACAAUCAAAUCAACAGCUAGCACAUUUGCAACCUGUGAAUGCGCUCAUCCCACAAUCAAAUCAACAGCAAGCACAAUCACAAUAUAUGAAUGCACUCAUGCCACAAUCAAAUCAACAACUAGCACAAUCACAAUAUAUGAAUGUGCAAAUGCCACAAUCAAAUCAACAACAAGCACAAUCACAACAUGUGAAUGCACCUACGUCACAAUCAGCAAAUAACCCUGCUAAGGCUCCCACACAACAACAGAUUCAACAGUCGCAACAACCAACAUUACCUGAAGUAGUUCCACCAACCAGAAAGAAGAAGGCAAUUUUCAAGAUUGAUGAAAGUAAAGAUAAACAUGCAGAAGAUAUUCCUAUUGGCAUCAUAGCACGGAACUUUGCAGACACAGUUGCUUAUCUCAUAGAAGGAUGCACAACUCAGGUGGACCAAAUAAGGGCAAUCUUCCGCUGGAUUACUUCAGUAGAUGUUGAUUCAUUGGCUCUUGACGACCUCCCACCUUCAGGUUCACCUUUGAUGUAUAUGUAUAAGAUCAAAUGGCAAAUGGGGAACCAUGCACGUUUACUGCAUGCAUUUUGUAGGUAUGCCAAAAUUGAUUGUGUUCUUGUGCGAGGUAUAAAUAAAAGUGCUGCAUAUGAAAUUGGUGAACCCAUAAACAGAGAGACUAUGUUAGCCGAAUGGAAUGCUGUCUUCCUGGAUGGUGAAUGGAGACUUAUAGAUGCAUUCUGGGCAUGCACGUGCCUUGUCGGGAAAAAAAGUAAAAACUGGAAACUACUUGAUGUAGAUGGUUAUCUAGGAGCAACCAACACUACAAGUGAUCAUAGUGAUGAUGAUGAUAGUGAUGAUGACGAUGCAGGUGAAGCUACUCACAGAGUUAAUGAGUUUUAUUAUUUGACCGAUCCUGAAGCUAUGAUAUACACACACUACCCUGAUGAUCCAAAAUGGCAACUUCUAGAGACACAGAUUGAUUUUAAAACAUUUGAAAAACAGGCUUACAUCAGAGAAAGAUUCUUUGAUAUGGAACUAUCUAUAAAGCCCCCGAGCUAUGAAACAGUCAAUAUUGAAACCAUGAAUGGUGAAAUAGAGAUAUACUUCCAACAAACCACUUCAAUUGCAAAAAGUGCAACAUAUAAGUACAAACUCUUUCAAGCCCAAACAAGAACUGGGAAUCCCCCAAGAUCAAACCUUGAGAGAUAUGUGAUGUACCAAAGAAAUUUGACAGACCUGAAGUAUAUGAUAAGAUUCCCUACAGAAGGGAAAUUCAAGUUUGACAUAUUUGGGAAAAGAGAUAGUGAUGAGGAGCUUGACCUGGUAUGCUCAUAUAUCAUCAACUGUCCAAAAGCUAAGAAGAAAUGUGAGCCUCUUCCUGAGCUACCAGAAAAGAUUGGAUGGGGUCCAGGAGAAGAACCAAUGAAGGUUGGAAUGGUUGCAAGAACACAUAAGGAUGGUAAUAUCACGACCAACCCAGAUGGAAGCGUUGAGAUCAGAUUUAUGGCUACAAAUCCUGUAACAACUGAACAACAACUGAAAAGCAACCAUCUGACAGAGGCAAUGCUGAGGAACUAUACAAUGAGUAGAAUAGAUCAUGAAACAGGUGACAUCGUUUACAAUAUAAGACUACCAGAACAAGGCGAAUAUUCACUGAGUCUUUACGCUAAUAAAACAGAUGCUGAAAAUCUUGCACCUGGUGUUGCUAACCAUAUUUGCAACUAUCUGAUACAAUGCAACACUGAAGAUUCUGAUGCCCCUGUAGAUAACGAACCAUAUCCUCAAAUGAAUAACAGUUUCCUAGGAAGAACAUUUAUUGGUGAGCUACUGAAUGUUUCACCAGUGAACCACAAGGAUGGACUGGUGAUGACCGAAGAUGGCAAGCUCUGUCUUAAGUUUAAGAAAGAUGAACAAUUAAACUUCCUUGCUGGACUAACUCACUCUCAUAUGCCGGGUGACAUAGUUAGGGAAUACCUCAACUAUUCAGAAGAUAAAGAGAAUGUGAUGUUUGAUCUUGAUCUAGAGGCAGGAGGGGAAUACUCUUGUACAAUAUAUGCAAAGAACAUCAACGAUCCAAAUCAGAUACAUGCAGUAUAUCAGUACCUUAUCGUAUGUAAUAAUAAGGAAUCUGCCAAAACUGAUAUUAAAAAAACAACCAAUGAAGAAAAGACUUUUGGAACUAAAGGUGAACAGGUUGAAAUAAAAAUCCCAAAGUCAACUGGAAACACAUUUGCGGAAGUACGUAGGACCAAAGCAAAUGACUGCCCUGUAAAUGAUCAAGUUACAAAAACUGAAAAAGAAAACAUGGAGACCUUCCAUAUAAAAGUCAAUGAAGUUGGAGAGUAUAACAUCAGCAUAUUUGAGGAGACUGAGAGUAAAUCUGCACAGAUGAUAUCCUCCUAUAGAGUUCAAAAGACUGAAGAUACUGAUGUAAAUGAUGGGAAGAAAGCACAGCCAUUGUUGAUUAACAGUGAUGACCAGGAUAGUAGCUCCACAGAUGAGCCAGCUGAAAGAACAACGGUCAGCCAAUCUGAUGAAAAUCAGAAAGCAGAUGAAAAUAACAGGAUGCAUGAGGAAAAAGAAAAGGCGUUGCAGGAAGAGGAAAGGAAAAGGAUAGAAGAACAGUAUGCAUUGGAGGCACUAUACAAAAAGCUGAGAGCUGAACUGAAAGAUGCCAUUGCUACACAAGAUCCCAACAGCAUACAAUACGCCAUUGAAGCACUUCAAGAUAAUGGGGUGCCUGACAAAGGAGAGAUUGCUAAAGCCAAGAAACUUAUGGAGUUCUUCAACCUCAGUAGAGGGUUGGCAAUAGCAAUGCAGAUGAGGGACCUCCACAGUUUGGAAAAUCUGGUGACAAAAGCUGAGCAACUCAAGAUGAAGGAACUAACUUUACAACUACAGAUGGCCAAACACAUCCUUAAACAGCUUCAACGUAUAGAGGUGCUGAAGCGAGAUGUUCUUAACCUUGAUCAGCGAACCAUAUCUGAGUUAAAGUCAUACUCUAAGCCACCUCCCUUGGUCCAUACUGUGAUGACUGCUGUCUUCUUGUUGCUAGGAAACCAGGAGAAAGAAUUACAGACAUGGGUUUCAGUUCAGGCUUUAAUUGGGAAAACUGGGAGAGAAAGUCUGAAGCGCAAAGUUACAGAAUUCAGAGUUGAUUUUGUACAGCAUGAAGUAAUUAUGCGAGCACAGCAUAUUCUCGCUGUGUACGAGCUUCCUGAGGUGACAGCAGUUAGUGCUGGUUUGGCUACAUUUUUUGUUUGGGCCAAUGGGAUGAUUGACGAGUAUUUCUCCAGGCUGAGAGAUGCAGGAGUCGGAUGAAAUGCACUGACAAAUCAGCAAUUGAACUCUCCAUCGUUUUAACCUCCAAUCAUAUGGUUUCUAGUAUUUAGUACUGUAUACGAUGUCUAGAAACCUGCAUAUGGAGGAUGCAUAUGUGCCAUAGGUGAAACAAUGAUUGAAACAAAUAAAUAUUACACAACCCGUAUCAAAUUCACUUGACCCAUAAGUCUUCAUCGCAACUUUUAUUUUUCAAUUAUAUUAAUAGUUAAUUAACAGGGCCAAUAAUACAUUGCCUCUGCCCUGCUCUGUAUGUUUAAAAUGUAUUGAGUACUCUGAUAAUAAAAAAUAAUUUAA